UAACGUCAACACUGAAUCUCCAGAUCUGGUUCGUCUCCUCGCAUCUCCCUCUCUCUCUCUCUUCGCCCAAUUUCCUCCUUCCCCUCACCAUCUAGUCGUGAACUGAAUCGAACAAGAUCAUGGUGGAAGUCGUCGGAGCUGAAGAAGCCAGUGUCAUGGUCAUGGUGGAACAGGAACGUAAUCGUAGACUUGGGCGUGUAUUUCAAUUUAAUUGAUUUGGGUGUAUUUCAAUUUAUUGGAUUUGGGCGUGUUUUGUUGGGAGAUUGUAGGAAUGAAUUCUAAAUUGUUUUGUUGAUGCAGUAGAUCGAAUUUCAAGAUGACUACUUUGUUGAUGCGUUUUCUCAGGUCUUUGCUCGUGGCAAAUGCUGGAGAUUGCAGGGCUAUAUUGUCACGAAAUGGAGCAGCUAUAGAAAUGUCAAAAGAUCAUAGACCCUGCUGCAAAAAAGAAAGGACGCGAAUUGAGUCUUUGGGUGGAUAUGUUGAUGAUGGUUAUCUGAAUGGUCAGUUAGGGGUCACCCGUGCAUUAGGUGAUUGGCAUCUUGAAGGAUUGAAGGAUGAGGGUGAAAGGGGAGGACCCUUGAGUGCUGAACCGGAACUUAAAUUGACAACACUGACCAAGGAUGAUGAAUUUUUUAUCAUUGGUAGUGAUGGAAUAUGGGAUGUGUUCACCAACGAAAAUGCUGUAGACUUUGCUCGAAGGAAACUCCAAGAGCACAAUGAUGUGAAGCUGUGUUGCAAGCAAAUAGUAGAGGAGGCAAUAAAACGAGGCGCAACCGACAAUUUGACACUUGUUAUGGUAGAGUUUCCACUUGGAGCCACCUCCACAUGUGGUGGUAGAAAGGUCUAGAGUCAGACGUAGUAUUUCUGCUGAGGGACUUUAAAAUGUGCAGUUCUUCUUAGAUCGAUAGAUAAACCAGUGUGUUUCAUUUGUUGAUGUUUCUGGUGGUGGGCAAAGGUUAGAAUUGAUCAAUAAGAAGUUCGGCUCCUGUAUAUAUAUCCAGAAUGGGAUUGCGGCCUUGCUUCCUCUAUUUCUGGUGCUUUAGUUGGUUCUACAGAUGAUGAGAAGGAUACAGAAGACAUUCGUAUUACCAAGUUUUGAGAUAACAAUUUGUACACUAUUAGAACAUAAUGGAGAAUUGGAGAUAAACUUUGUGGGAAGAAAUUGUUUUACAUAUCAGAGGUGGCUAAGGCAGUUCUGAGUUGCUUAUAAAUUGUUCUGUAACUGUACUUUUAGCUUUUGAAUUAUGUAUAUACUUUUUCUCUUUCCAAACAUUUGCUGGUUUUCCCUUUUUCUUCUUUUACGUUUCGUAAGGAGUAGCACCGAAUUUACCCAGCUGCUAUGCGUUUGUACACAAAUUCAUCAAAUUGAUACUCAGA